UCGAUCGCAGCCCGGGCGCUGUUCGCCUUUUUACUAACGGAGCUCCGGGGAGCGAGAGGAGGCUGCACACGCUGAACAUGAAGCCGUCUUUUGUUGCCUUGGCUCGGGCUCCCGUCGCCGCAGAUGAACCCAACCACCUCGCUGCUUGCCUGCACUUCCCUCGCCUCUUCUGUAUUUAUUUAUUUUUUUAAAAUAUAAAGCCACCGUGCAGAGGAGGAGGAGGAACGGGGUGGUGGGGUUCUUUUAAAGUGCAUUUUCCCCACACCGAGCAACACACCAGCCAACCAGUGUGUGUGUGUGUGUGUGUGUGUGUCUGUUUGUUUGUGUCGGUGGAUGUGUCUCUGUGGCCCCGGCGUGCAGGCCCCGAUGCUCGGUCACAGUGGAGGGAGAGGGGGGGCCUCUGAUCACGGUCGUUGCGGGGAAAGGGAGCGUCGGGUUCAGUCGUCUUGUGCAGAUCUGCGCGGCCUGUGACCGCCCACUGAGCCUCGGCCACAACCACCGUCUGUGCAGCGGAGCCACAAAUAGACCUGGAAAUAAGAAGCACGGAUUAAUCGAGUUUCAGACGCGGUGUGAAAAGCGACGCAAACAUGAGCGACAAGGGGACAGUUUCACCUAAAGAGGAAACAGGGAAGAGGGGGCGUGGAAGACCCCGCAAGCAGCCCCAGGUGAAGCCCGCUGACGAACCAAGUGGGUCCCCGACUCCAAAGAGGUCCAGAGGACGGCCAAAGGGCAGCAAAAACAAGUCAUCUGGCAAGGGCAAAAAGGCGACGCCGGCCCCAUCUACAGCAGGGGCGAAACGCAGGGGAAGACCCAAGAAGGAGGAGAAGGAGGAAAAAGCGUCCCAGGAAUCAUCUGAGGCGGAGGAGGAAGAGGACCAGUAAUUCCCAACGCAUGCUACCUCACUCAACAUACUGACUUACUGUUAACCAGAACUGGGCUGUAUCUCCAACACCAGUGCCACCACAUGACCACUGUUCACGACAGGACCCUCUUUGCCAAAAGGAGGCUUAACACAGUACAUAAUCAUGCAACAGCACUGGAUAGACAGAUGGACCUUGCUCAAGCAUAGAUCUCAGAAUUACAUGAAAGGUAACAGCCCUUUCUUCUACAUGUCAUGCUAUCACAAGUCUUUUAUACUGGACAAAGGUGGGCUCUACAGAGCCUGGAUGUUUCUGUUUUUUCCCCCUAAAAGAUGGUUUCUAGGACAUUUUCUCUGCUCAAUGUUACUUAUUUGUUGUUCCCGCAUCUGAGAUGGUAGGGCAUAUAGAGUUUUCUCCGUGUUUUGUACUGGACAAAGGUGAAUUUUACCUAUACUUGUUUGUUUUUUCUUUUUCGUGUGUUCAUGUGAAGUGGUGAACCAUUGCAAUCACGUCUAUAGAUGGAGUUGAACUUCAGCGUUUAGGAGGAGAAUAGGUAACGGAUGGUGUUUGUUCUUUUUUUCCACCCCUCUUCCCAGUGUCUAACCUCAACCCCCUCGUCUCACCAGUAGAGCAGAAUCAUCGUCGCCACCGUCCCCCUCCUCCUCUUCCUGUAGGACAGUUUAAACCUAGAUAUGCUUCUUCCUUCUCGGUACUCGGCGUGUAAUGGGGAGAUGUUGACGUAUCAUUAACUAAUCAGAAUAGUCUGAUCAGACUUACUGUUUUUGUUCCUUCGGGGGUUACUCACCAUUUAAAGACAAAAAAACAAACAAACAUGGGUGUGCUGCUUUUCAUGUCAUAAUAAAACUCAAAUCUAUAUGGUAUAACGUGUGUUUUUAAAGGAUAGGGUAACUUGGCAGAGGCUGAACGCAUCAGUGUUGUUUCUUCAGGGAGCUUUUACAAAAAAUGCUGUUACAUUGGUCCUCGGUUUCCUCAGUUUCCACGCGCUCGCUCAAUCACUCGAGGCAGACACGCAGAGGAUUGUAAUGGAGGAUAGUGGGAGGCACUGCUGUCCAACAGGGCUGAACGUUUUCAUUCCACGUAGCACUCACUGCUUCACCUAGGGGUCGGUCUUUGUCAGAACUUUGUACCGUUAAAAAAAAAAAUCUACUUUUCUUAGUCUUUUUUUGAAGAUGUGUGUUGUAUGACAUCGGCUAAAGAAAAAAAAAAUGUUUUGUGUAUUUCUAAGUGUCAGGGAACCCGCGGUCACAGUCCACUUAAACUGGGUUUUUCCAUACACCUAAGCUGCUACAACCUCAGUUACGAAACCCGGAAAACUGCAAACAGGCGAUACACGGCCUGGAUUUUCAUACCUCACUCAACAGCUUACUUUACCAUUACAAAUGCAUUUAACUGGUUUUUCUGUUAUUGAAAUGUAACCUCUGGCAUGAGAUGGAAAGAUGUCGUUAUUACAAAGUUUGUGUAACUUACUUUUUGGUUUUGGUUUUUUUUUUUCUGACUGUUAUAAGGUUUUUGGUUUUUUUUUUUAGAUGUCAACCGUGUGAUCGUGUUCAUACACGAAACCACGUGUUGGCUCGUGCAGACAGGUUGUGUUCGAAGCCAGUCAGGGAGAGACCUGUCAGCUUGACAACUGUGUUCGCUGACUGUGGUAGAUUAGCAGGUGUGUUUUUAUCCAUUUUAAAAAGUUUAUUUCUUCUGGUGCACUGAAAUGUUGGUUCCGAUUUUCAUGGACAAAUGUUUGUGUGUUUGUGACGGACAGGGCGCUCUUUCCACUUAACUGUUCUGUUGGACGUGUGUGUGUUCGGCACUCGUACAACGGUCAUUUCACGUCCUUUUUUCUUUUUUUUUUUUUCUCUCAGCAUCCUCCAAAUACUUCUUGACAAUAUCGGUGUCGUUCUACAUACCGACAUCUUGCAUCCGUUCAUUUAUAUACCGUAAAACUCAACAGGAUGGGAUCAUUCUUUUUAAUGUACACCGUAUAUAAAUGUACAAUGUCUAUAUUUCUAUGGUGCCCUACAACAAUUUGUAUCAGAAAUGGUCAAUAAAGAGAAUUUUCUUUGUCA